AAAAUAGAAGCAUCAGCAGAAAUGUAAGUUGUAAACAAAAUCAUAUUCACCCACUACUAGUUAUCCAGUCAAUUUUCAGAGCGGCAUCAUGGAAGCACUAUCUCAAACUUUGCAACCUCAUAAAGAAUUUGUUGGGCAAGUUGCUAGUAUUGUAACUAUUGCCCAAUUUUUUUCUGGAGUAUUUGUAUGCAAAGAUAUCUACAAAAAGGGAACAACAAAGGGUACUCCUGCAACACCAUUCAUUGGAGGUAUUGUCAUAGGAAGCCUUAUGUUGAAACAUGGACUUCUCCUGAAUGAUGCAGCUAUGUUACAAGUCAACAUUGCCGCUAUACUCCUCAAUAUUAUCUACACAGUAUUUUACUACCUAUAUUCCCCAGAAAAGUACAAGGACGUUUUGAAACCUCUAGGAAUUGGGGCUACACUAAUAGCAAUUUUUUUGGGUUAUGCUGAAUGGGAAGAACCCAGUAAUUUGGAAUACAGAUAUGGAUUGAUAGUCACAAUUUUGAUGUUAUUGUUAUUGGGAUCACCAUUGUUGGAUGUGAAAGAGAUUAUACAGAAGCAAGAUGCUUCAGCCAUUCCAUUCCCUCUCACAUUCAUGGGUACCAUCGUGACAUUUUUAUGGUUACUUUAUGGUGUCAUCUUGUUGAAUGAUUUCAUGAUUAUUCAGAAUGUGAUUGGUUUCGCUCUUUGCCUAGUCCAGUUAAUUUUGAUCUUUCGCUACCCUGGCAGGCCCACGGUACCAACAGGUCAGAAAACCAAAACGAAAAAGAGUGUAAAAAGAGACUAAGCCUGGAGAAACUUUUGUAAAUAUGCAUUUUUAACUACUUUUUCCAUUCCAGGUCGUGAUGUUAAUGAAUGAAUAGGUAACAAACAAGUUCAAUCAAUUUUUCACAUGAAUGAAAUUAGAGACAAUACAAUUUUAUAUGCAGGACAAAUUAUAAAAUGUUAAAUAAAUACUAUUGAAACUG